AUGGCCCCCGAAGGCAAACGCCGGUGGCAAGCGGACAGCAACGGCGCCGCUGGUGACGCGCCGGAUCAUAAGAAGAUGGCGCGCCGGACCGGCCCUCCACCGACUGCUGCUGCUCCAACGGUCCGCAACGCCUACACUGCCAUGUUCGAAGGCUUUCGCGACCACCUGGACGCGCACCACGACCGCCGCGAACGCAUCGUCAAGGCCUCGCGCGACAUUACAGCCCUCAGCAAGAAGAUCAUCUUUGCGCUCCAGCGCGUCCGGCGCAUCCACCCCGAGCUGCCGCGCGACGUCGACAGCGAAGUCACCCGGCGGCUGGGCGAGAUUGGGCGGCUGCUGGCGGGCAUCGCGCCGGAGAUGCAGGGGAUCAACCGCGGGCGGUACGGGCGGGUGCUGUUUGGGAUGGAGGAGCUGCUCGAGGCGCUGACGUUCUUGCACUACCUGCGGCACCAGGUGUUGCUGAGCCCAGACGAGGCGGCCGAGCAGGUGGCGGCCCUGUGCGUGGAGGGCCGGGCCACCAAGGACACCAAGGACACCAAGGACACCAAGGACACCAAGGACACCAAGGACACUGGGGACACCGGGGACGGCGAGAGCCAAAACGACGAGGACGCCCCCCGGAUCGUGCCCGACGACAACGACUUCUUGAUGGGCGUCUUCGACCUGUCGGGCGAGAUGAUGCGGUUCGCAACAACGUCGGCGGCGCUGCGGGGCGAGCUGGCGAGUGAUGGAGGUGACGGAGCCGACCAGAGUGGACAGGGGCGAACGAUUGUCGGCGACAUGCAGGAGCUGGACAGCUUCUUUCGGAUGCUGCCGCAGCGGCACGACAAGUCGUGGAAGAUAAAGACACAAACGCUGCAGACGUCCGUGCAAAAGGUGGAGCGACUUGGCUACGACCUGCGGGUGCGCGGCAGCGAGCGGCCCAAGGGCUGGAUGCCCGAUGUGCCCGAGGCCGGGGAGGCGGGGACUCCGUGA